AUGGAGGGAGAGCUCGUACGAAAGAACAUGCCGUGGGUAGAGAAAUAUCGCCCUAGCAAACUCGAUGAGGUCGUUUCGCACGAAGAAAUUAUAAAAACAGUGAACAACUUUAUUGCGAGCAAUCGAAUCCCGCAUAUGCUUUUCUACGGCCCACCUGGGACAGGUAAAACUUCUACGAUUCAUGCGAUUGCUCGAACGAUCUACUCGGAAAAGGAGAUUCGCUCGAUGAUUCUCGAGCUCAACGCAUCUGAUGAUCGAGGAAUUGAUGUGGUCCGUGACGAUAUUAUCAUGUUUGCUCAAGCCCGUGGCCUUCACGCUCCAAGUGAUUCCUCGCGUUUUAAGCUGGUAAUUCUUGACGAAGCCGACGCAAUGACGAAAGACGCACAAAAUGCUCUGAAAAGGGUGAUUGAGAAAUACACGAAGAACGUGCGCUUUUGCAUCAUCUGUAACUAUCUUUCGUCGAUCAUUCCGGCUAUUCAAUCACGGUGUACACGAUUUCGUUUUGCUCCUUUGUCAACUGAGCAAAUUAAGCCACGUCUCGAGCAUGUGAUUCAAUCUGAGCACAUCAAUAUAACGGAUCCCGGACGCGAGGCUUUAUUGAUGCUCUGUGAGGGAGAUAUGCGUCGUGUAUUGAAUGUUCUACAGAGUACUACUAUGGCUUUUCAAGAGGUGAACGAGGACACGGUGUAUCGAUGCGUUGGCCAACCGACACCCGCUCACAUUGAAGGAAUUCUCCGAGUGCUUCUCAACGACACUAUGCAAAACGCCUAUAAAAAGUUGCAACAAGAAUGCGUUGAGCUCGGCUUUGCUCUAUCCGAUAUCGUCACCCGUUUGCAUGAUCUAGUUUUUAAGCUCGACGUCCCAUCGCAGGUUCACUGUUUACUGCUAACAGCGUUGGCGGACACGGAACGACGCCUUUCAGAGGGUGGCUCAGAUAAAGUACAACUAUCGGGUCUUUGUGCUGCUUUUGUUCAGGCAAGACAUCUAAUCGGUUUGCACGCCGACGAGCAAAAGGAUGACAUGUGGAGGCGGAUAAGUGGGGUGUCAACGAUCGCCGUCGGGUCGUUUCUCGUUGGCACUCAACUUGGAAACGAGAAUACGCUGAGGAUAUUUCGCACGGGUAUUGCCGCCACAGCUCUUCAGCCGAUGCCCGUGAAUCUCGACGUGCCGAUUGGGUCUGGUGAUAAAAUAGGUUCUUCAAUCGCUCCAUCGAGGGCAUCACAAAUUAUGCAAUAUGGAUAUCCCGGUUUCGACAAUGUUAGAACAUUCGAAGACUUUGUUCUUUCGUAUGACCGAAAAACUCGUACGGCGCAUUGGGUCUGUGAGCACCUUUCACCAGAUAGAAUGGUCUAUGAUCCAUCAGUGGAUCGAUCGAAAUGCGAUUUUCGGCCUGACACUUCGGUUCACGACUACUUUAGAUCGAAAAAUGAAGAUUACAAGGGUAGCGGAUAUGAUCGUGGACAUCUCGCUGCUGCUGGAAAUCAUCGAAGAACGCAGAAUAGUGUCGAUCAAACGUUUUUAUUAUCAAACAUGAGUCCGCAGGUUGGUCGAGGGUUCAACAGGGACAAAUGGAACGACUUGGAGAAACACGUUCGACAUCUUGCGAAGAAAGCGACAAACGUUUAUGUGAUGACAGGGCCUUUGUAUUUGCCACGAAAAGAAACAGAUGGGAAUCUGUAUGUAAAAUACAAAGUAAUCGGAAAUAAUCACGUGGCAGUGCCAACGCAUUUCUUCAAGGUGGCGCUUGUUGAAAGCUCUCCGGGUGUUUUUGAGCUUGAGGCCUACAUUUUACCGAACGAGCCGAUCCCCAACACCGUUCCGCUGGCUUCAUUCUUCGUGCCGCUUGAGAUGAUCGAACGGGGGGCUGGAUUCUUAAUCUUUGAUAAGCUACCAAAGGCAUCUAUCAAGAAAGUGAACGGAAAGAAACCAGGAUUUUGG